UGAUCUAAUCUGUGACGUCAGCGGGCUGUAUAAGAGCCGCUCGGCUGACGGGACCCAGACGCAGAAGAUCCUCCGACCCUCACACACACAGACAGACAGACAGGCAGACAGACACACAGGUGAUGAAGAUGCUGUGUUCCUCGCACCUCCUCCUGCUCCUCCUCUCCCUCACCGCCUCCAUCAGCUGCUCCUCCGCCGCGCAGAGAGACGCCAAACUCCGCCUGCUGCUGCACCGGACCCCGCUGCUGCAGGGCUCCAAACAGGACAUGUCUCGAGCAUCGCUGGCGGAGCUGCUCCUGUCGGACCUCCUGCAGGUGGAGAACGAGGCUCUGGAGGAGGAGAACUUCCCUCUGGCUGAAGGGGAACCCGAAGACGUCCGUAUGGAUCUGGAACGAGCCGCCGCCAGCGGGCCGCUGCUCGCCCCCCGAGAGAGAAAAGCCGGCUGCAAGAACUUCUUCUGGAAGACGUUCACUUCCUGCUGAGAGCCUCCUCGUCAUCGUCAUCCUCCCCACCAUCUUCAUCACUUCCCUCCCAACGCUGUACAGAAACUGUGUGGAUCCGACUAUCAAUGAUUAGUUUGGAUGCAUUGUUUAGAUUUUUCUGAGCUGAAUGUAAACUUGAUGAAACUAUUUUUAAUUGUCGGUUUGAAUAAAAUCUGUUUGAGACAAAA